AUGGCAAGCAAGAAUCCCACCGUGGCCGUCUCGGCGCCCGGCAAGGUCCUCCUCGCGGGAGGCUACCUCGUGCUCGACAGGAGGCACACGGGUCUCGUGUUCGGCCUCAGCGCCCGAAUCAACGUCGUCGCGGGGGAGAUUCACACGAGCCAGGGGGUCCAGCUGAACGAGAUCAUGGUGGACAGCCCGCAGUUCCCGGACGCGCAGUGGCGAUACGGGUACCAUUUGGCGCCGGAGGGGGGAGGCAUCCAGGUCACGCAGUUGCAAGUGGGCUCUGUCAUUUGCAAGAAUCCGUUUGUGGAGACGACGCUGAGCUACGUGCUCACGUACAUCCACCGCCUCAUGAGCCGGGUUUCUUCGGACCACAGCCUCAGGCCGGCUCGGCUCAUCGUGCUAGCUGACAAUGACUACUAUUCCCAGUCUACGCCGAGGAGCGGCGAGCCGGGGCGCUUCGCCAAGUUCACGGUGCCGCUGGGCGGCGCCAACAAGACCGGGCUGGGGUCGUCCGCCGCGCUGGUCACGGCCCUCACGGCCGCGCUGCUGAGCCACUACCUCCCGUGGAGGCUGCUGGACAUCACGUCGGCGCCGGGCAAGCGCCGGCUGCACAAUCUGGCGCAGGCGGCGCACUGCGCGGCCCAGGGCAAGGUCGGAUCGGGGUUUGACGUUGCGGCCGCCGUGUACGGGUCGUGUCUGUACAGGAGAUUCUCGCCCGGUGUGCUGGGCCAGCUACCCGAGGCGGGAUCGCCUGGCUUCGCUGAGAAGCUGGUGUCGGUGGUGGACGGCGUGGCUUGGGACGUCGAGGUGCUGACCGAAGGGCUGCGCCUGCCCAAGGGCCUGGCCCUGCGCAUGUGUGACGUCGACUGUGGGAGCCAGACGGUGGGCAUGGUCAAGAGGGUGCUGGCCUGGAGAGGCAGAGACGCCGACGUGUCGUCCAGGUUGUGGGACGAGCUGCAGGCGCGAAACGAGGACCUGGCCGCCAAGUUGAGAGACGGAAACGUGGCUGACAUUCCGACCGCCGUGGGCAAGGUCAGGGAGUUGAUUCGCGAGAUGGGUAAGCUGAGCGACGUGCCCAUUGAGCCCGAGUCCCAGACGGAGUUGUUGGACGCGUUGGGUGCCCUUGAGGGUGUAUACGGUGGUGUCGUCCCCGGGGCGGGGGGCUUUGACGCUCUCGCUCUGCUGAUGAAGGAUGAUGAGGAGACUAAGAGGCGUGUGGAGGAGAGGGUUGCCGAAUGGAGUCGGGAGAAGGACUCUAAGGUUCGCUUGUUGGAUGUAAAGGGUGAGAUGGAGGGCGUGAGGUGUGAGAAUCUAGACGUUUACUCUGGAUGGAUAGAGAUCCAUGAUAAAGAUUAG